GUUAAAAAUAGAAAAAUAGAACUUCAUUCCCCAUUUUAUUCGCCUUCUCUGUUUUUUUUUUCAUUCGACCAAGAGGAUAGGCGCUCAUCUUCAACUGCUCUGCUACUUGUUUACCACAAACCCUAGUUGAAGACGAUCUCUGAAACGAGUAGAGGGAGAGAAACAGAUAGCCGAAGGGAACAUAGCCUGUGGCGGAUCGUGUCGACCUCUCAAGAAACUUUCUGGAGCUGGAGGAUUCUAUCACCGAACCACCGAGGUGAAACCCUCAGCACAUCCAGCCUUGUGCAAGUUUCAAGGGCAACACCAGAAAUCUUAACACUUACACGAUGUCUGGGCUUUUGAGGUUUGGCAACCUUGCACCCAAGAUGAAGAACCUGAUUGUAGCUGGGAGCUUAACAGGGUUUGUCUUUGGGGUAUAUUUCUACACUAUGAGAGCUGUUGGGGGUACCGAUGAGUUGCAGGUGGCCAUUGACAAGUUUGAAGGGGAGAAACACAAGAAAGAAGCUGAAACAAGUGUUUCAUAAGGUCCUGAUCUCCUUUUCCCUAUUUCCUGUAUUUUGACCCUUGGAUUUUUUCUUGCUAGAUAAGUGGAUUCUAAGUGAGUCUGGUCUAUGUUAGAUUUGCAAGAGCAAGUUUUUAUUCAGUUAAAAGGUGUUGACACCGGUCGUCUAAACGGUCAUUGUAAGUUUAUGGCUUUUCUAGGCAGAGGACUCUAAUGGAUAGAUAGAAUUUGUUAUCAUUACAAAAAUAAAUUCAAUGCAACUCUUUACUCUUUAGGAUUA